AUGGAUUUGUUGGGUGAUAUUGUGGAAAAGGACGUUGAAGAGACUCCAACGGCUGAAAUUAGUGAAAACACUAGAGAGUUGAGUAAAAAUGGGUUCCCAGAAUUAUACAAACCAGAAAAAAUAUCAUCAUGGAAACAACGUUUAAGGGCUAAGGCUGCUAUGAAAAGAAGUGGUGAGGAUAAUUCAAAUGAGAGGGUUCGAGCUAAACCUGCUGAAAGAGCUGUGGUUGCAGAGGACAAUGAGGAAAAACGUACUGAAGCUCAAUCUAUUCAUAUGGAAAAUUUAAAUACUAUUAAUAAUAUGUCUGAUGAACAGAUUAUGCAAGAGAAGAGAGAACUUUUUGAAUCGAUGAAUCCAAAAUUAAUUCAAAAAUUGUUGGCUAAUAUUAAUAAAAGGUCAGGUAAGGAUGGAGAAAGUGCGCCAUUGUUUGCAGAAAUAGAGGGAGCACCAGGUACCUGGGUUGGUGGUACUAACGAUCCAAAUGAUUUAAGACCUAUGAGUGAUGACAUGGUUGAUAAGGCAUUGGGGGUUGAGAAACUUUCAAUCAAAGAAGAAGAAAAGCCUAAUGUUGACAUUGUUGAGAAAGAAGUUGAAAUUAAAGAAUCAUUGGAAUUCGAUGAUAUUGAUGAUGUAGCUCCCUUGGAUUAUCAAAUGGCUCAGAGUAUUGAUCAUAUGGCCAAUGAGAAUCUAUUUAAGGAUGUUCAUUUUAUCAAAUAUGUGAAUCCAAAUGAAGAGAAUGAGAAAGAAGUUGAAAAGCUGGAUUUAAAUGAUCCAAAUUUUGAUGUGAAAUUACAUGAGAAGUUUUUCCCAGAUUUACCAAAAGAUGUAGAUAAGUUAGAAUGGAUGAAACCAAUAUCAGACGAUGAAGAACAAACAAAAACCAUGAUUGACGACGUUUCACAAUUAAGAUUUGAUUUUAAAGGUGAUUUAGUACCACCUUCAAGAGAAAUCACCUCAACUACGCAUUCCGGCUUACAUCAUCACUCAGACGACCCACAAUUAGCAGGGUACACAAUUCCAGAACUAGCAAGGCUAACCAGAUCUACGUUCCCGCAACAAAGAUCAAUCUCAAUCAAAAUCCUAGGAAGAAUUCUCUAUAAAACUGGGAAACAGACAUAUUAUCAACUAGUACCUGAAAUUGACUCCGAAACUUAUAGUGAACAUGGUAGUAUAAAAGAAGUUAUGAAUAAGAUAUAUUCCAUGAUUUGGGACCUGAUAAAAGAUUGUGAAAUCAUAGAAUCACUUCAAGAUGCAGCAAACCCAAAGAGAACUAGCCAUUUGACUGUAAGAAAUUACGCUAUAGAAUCAUUAUGGCUGUGGAAACAAGGAGGUGGUGACUUCAGAAAAGAAAAUAAACCAUCAUCCACAACAGAUUAA